AUGUGCAAGGCAGCUGUGGAAGCACGAGUACUCCCGCUUCAGCAGGAGCUGCAGCGUCUCCGGCACCGACUGAAGGCUGUUGCCCUGUCAUGCCCACACUCCCACCACCACCACCAGCAUCACGCGUGCUCGAGCAGCGUCACCUCCAACACUUCCACGUUGAGAUUGAAGGACAGGGCUUAUGCUGGCGGCGAUGGCGCGGCUGCCUCAGAGUGUCGCCACCGCUCGGCCACCUCGUCCUCCAGCUCCUCCUCUUCGUCGCCGCUCACAUCUUCGACAGCAUCUUCGCUUGGUCGGCACGAGCGGUCCUGUCGAAGGGGUAGAGUUGCCACAACAGGUGCACCCGCGCCCACCUCGCACGCAUUGCCAUCGGCGACUGCUGCCGGUUCUGCCGGUACGCCGAAGAUGAUGCGCGAGGUGCAGCGACUGCGGCGACAGUGGCAACACUUUCUGCGGUCCGUACCAGCCGCAUUGGCCGAGGGCAAGAACCCGUUCGAUGGUGGUGCUGAAGGCGACCACCGCCGUGCCGCCAGCCGUGGGCAGUCGCGCCUUAUAUCAAAAGGCAGCUGCCGUGACUCGGCGGGCAGGCUCUUUAGCAACGUGAAGAGGACCAGCAGGGUGGACAUGGCGAGCACUCGUGGGAAUUCGCCGCGGCCGUUUCAUCUCGCGGUGCGGCAUCCAUCCCCCUCCGCCCCGAGGGGCACUAUGCUUCCCGCGUGUUCGUCUGGCCCAACGCGUGCGCCGAGUGGCGCGAGCGCUGCCGCGUUCUCUUCCGCGCUGCCAGCCUCCGGCCGCCGAGUUCGGUGGUAUUGGCUGGGGGAUGCACAGAGUCACUUCUCCACUGCCGUCCGCCGCGCAGAGAAGGGCUUUACCGCCAUGAAAUUGUCUAACGCAGGACCGCAGCCGAUGUUGAACGGGGUGAGUCCGGCGCUUCCGUGGACGGAGUGUCACGCCUUUGACGGCCGUACCGACUGCUGGUACAGUCUAGGGACGUGGGCGGCCCACCAGCGCAACUUACGUGAGAUGGAGCAGGCAGGAGAGGAAGGCACGAGCGGUCACAACGGUGUAGUUCGGCUAGGCUGGAUGACAUGGACGUUGUCCCUCGCUAGCUGGCCCGACACGUCAACGAUGCUCGUGGAGAGGGCCGGCAUCUACGCGGUGCGUGUGUGUCUCGUGCGUCACUGCGCAUCAGCGAGCCUGUGCAGCGGAGCGGGGCGCGCAGGGGCUGACAGCGGCGACGGCGGCUGCGGUGGCGCGCUGACACUAUGGAUGAACGGUGUCUCCGUGGCUGGCAUGCGUGAGGUAGUCACGCACACGCUUCUCUACGCUCACCCUGCCUCCUCUACUGCAGAAACUGCUUCACCAUGGUGGACCACGCGUGGCAAAUCGCACAGCAUCGGCACUUCUGCAGGAAACUAUUGCUCUCCCUCUGGCCGCGGUGCGCACCUGCACACAUCCGCGUCUCCAGGCGGGUCACCUACGCGGCGUCGCGCCCACGGUGACAUUGCCGGCGUGACUCAGCGUCAGCGGACCUGCUGCGAACCAGCGCAGCUGCACACGAACACCCUCAGCGCAUGUCUCUUCCUGCCAGCGGGCGCGGCACUGCAGGUGCGCUGCCGUGGACUGCACGACACCAAGACGGUACACGAAGCUUUCUGUGAGCUCGAGUACGUGGUGUGA